UAUCUUUGCUAACUGCCCACCCACUUCUCUGCGGUGGCUGGAGACACACCCCUGGGGCUAAGGCGCAAGCGCCGUUUUUCCCCACUCGCGGUGGGCUGUCUCGUUACGCAUGCCCGGGCGGCGGCGGGACAUUCCACGGAUUUUACCGCCGGAAGUUCGGCGGCCAUUACCAAAGAGUGCAAUUUCGGCUAGCUUGCUAGAGUGGCUUGUUGCCGCCCCGCUCCCAGGUGGUGGGCGGCCAUUUUAGGUGCGUGCAAUUAAGGGCUGUGGCGGGAUUGGCUCUGCGUCUGAUUUCGUCCGCUGCUUCCCACCUACCAGGGCUGGAUCCAGAGCCCUACCCCGCUGGGCGGGACCUCGAAACGGCCGACUCCUUUCCAGGUGAAGGGUAACCCUGCUGAAGAAACACUUAAGUUCUGGGAAUAGCGACUCAGUAUCAUGGCCGGCAGCCCUAAUGAAGAUCCAGAGGGAAGCAGAAUCACUUACGUGAAAGGAGACCUUUUCGCAUGCCCCAAAACAGACUCUCUAGCCCACUGUAUCAGUGAGGAUUGUCGGAUGGGUGCUGGGAUAGCUGUCCUCUUCAAAAAGAAAUUUGGAGGGGUUCAGGAACUGUUGAAUCAACAAAAGAAAUCUGGAGAAGUGGCUGUUCUGAAGAGAGAUGGGCGAUAUAUAUAUUACUUGACAGACAAAGAUGGCAAAAAGUUCCUGAUUUCAUGCCAGCUCAGAUCCAGUGGAGGUGGCUGUUUGGAGCACUGUGUUAGAAAGGAACACGAGGCUGCAUCUGAGCUCCACUGGGAAGAGUACUGUGACAGCUACCAAAAGCCUGUGUUCUAAGACUUGGAAAAAUUAGGGAUGCCCCCCAUGCCUGAAUUCUUUCCUAAUUAUGGUGAGAUAGAAACAUAGUAUCUCAAAAGAUGGAUUUCCCAAAGGAGUUUCUCUUUCGUUCUUCCCUAUCAAAUGCAGUGCCUAGUAUUACUUAACUCCUUUCCUGCCUCAGUGUGGGAUUCUUUCACUGUCCACAUGGCCUUAAGGCCCCGGGAGUGCGGCUUCUUGGUGAUGAUGCUGAGUGAGUUAGAGCAACCAGCCCACUACAAAUCUGAUUUGGACAGCAGGCUGAGUGGGGACACGCCAUGAGCCCUUGGGAUGCUGUCCUUAAGGUCGAUGAGACUUCCAAUCUUGUUUGGAACACUACGUUUCUUUUUGUUCUUUAUAGAGAAACAAAAAGCAAACAAUCGUGGUUUCUAAAUAAACAGACUUAACAGGAAGUUUUCAGGUGGUAUGGGUUCUUCCUUGUUACAAAUACAUUGCUUAUCUCUUGGAAGUGGCACAAAGACUUUGACCUACCUUGCUUGAAAACAAUAGACAAUAGGGCACAGCCUGCUAAUUUCCUGGGCUUCUUGGGAAAAGGAAAGGUUAUUGCAUGGCACUGUCUGGGUUUCUCAGGCCCUAUGUAGUGGAUUUUCCUGAGAGCCUCCUGUAACUGGAAGGUACUGUAGAGAUUUUGUCAUCCUGCUCUAAGCAGUUCUCAAAACAUAUACUUACUUUUUUAAUGAUCAGGAUGUUGGGAGAAUGUGAUGGCUUUUCUUUGGCUAAUAUUUGGGACUAAUGAAAGUUUUAAAUUCAUUCUUU